CAAAAUGAUAAAGAGAGACAGAGAGAGAGUGUGUGUGUUCUAAUUUGUAAAGUUCUCAACUUUCAACAUACAAAGUUACAAGGGGCUGCAAGCUCUCGCUAUCAUUGUCCUGCUCGUGUUGGGUUUUUGCUUUUGGGUUAUUUGGGAGUUGGGGAGGGUUGAUUGUUUAUCUUUUAGUCUCUGUGCUGUGGAUAGUGGUCUCCUGCUUUCUCUCUGAGUCUUUGGCUUCGCAAAGAGAAAUAAGAGUGUAUAAAAACAUGGGUUGGAUUCCCUGUUCUGGUAAAUCCAACAGUAAAGCGAAGACCAAGAAGGAAAGGAAGAAUACGAUAGAGUUGCAGGAAAAGCCGCUUGAUCAGAUCAAACCCACUUCAGGAAUUUCAAAGACAAAUUCCACCUUGAGUGUCAAGGAGGAUCCCAAAGAUGGAGGGUCUGAUCACAUUGCAGCACAGACUUUUGUAUUCCGUGAGUUGGUAGCUGCAACUAGAAAUUUCAGAGCAGAAUGUCUUUUGGGUGAGGGCGGCUUUGGUCGAGUAUAUAAAGGACGUUUGGAAAGUACCAAUCAGGUAGUAGCUAUCAAACAACUUGAUCGUAAUGGGUUACAAGGGAACAGGGAAUUCCUUGUUGAAGUGUUGAUGUUAAGUCUUCUUCACCACCCUAAUCUUGUUAAUCUUAUUGGUUAUUGUGCUGAUGGAGAUCAAAGGCUGCUUGUUUAUGAAUAUAUGCCCCUAGGAUCUUUAGAGGACCAUUUACAUGAUAUAUCUCCUGGUAAGAGACGACUUGAUUGGAAUACAAGAAUGAAAAUAGCCGCUGGGGCAGCAAAGGGAUUGGAAUAUUUACAUGACAAAGCAAGUCCUCCUGUUAUAUACAGAGAUUUGAAAUGCUCCAACAUAUUGCUUGGUGAAGGGUAUCAUCCAAAGCUGUCCGAUUUUGGCUUAGCCAAACUUGGUCCUGUUGGGGAUAACACCCAUGUAUCUACAAGGGUUAUGGGAACCUAUGGAUAUUGUGCUCCCGAGUAUGCUAUGACAGGGCAAUUGACUCUUAAAUCAGACGUUUAUAGCUUUGGGGUAGUGCUUUUGGAAAUUAUAACAGGCAGGAAAGCAAUUGACAAUUCAAGAGCUACAGGAGAACAGAAUUUGGUUGCAUGGGCAAGACCCUUGUUUAAAGACCGAAAGAAAUUUUCGCAAAUGGCAGACCCAAUGCUCCAGGGUCAGUAUCCCCAAAGGGGCUUGUACCAAGCUCUGGCUGUUGCGGCAAUGUGUGUACAGGAGCAGCCUAAUAUGCGGCCAGUUAUAGCUGAUGUUGUCACAGCUUUAACUUACCUUGCUUCACAGAAGCACGACCAGGAAACACAGCCAGUCCAAAGCUCCCGUCUUGCCCCUUGUACACCCCCUAGAACCAAGAGGGAUAGUGAAAGGAAAGCUCAAUUAUGGUAGUGGACAUGACACUAGAAGAUUAAAUUAAGGUUAGGUUGUAAGUUGUUGGGUUUCUUCCGAAUGCUGGUGGCUGUUCUGAGGCCUGCCAGCCAUGGCAUUGCUAUAAUACUGCUGGGUAGAUGCUCAUACGGUAUGGAUUAAUAUUUUUAUGGCUGAUGAUAACAAGGACUCAGAGCUUAGUUCUGAAUGCUUGUUAGCCGCAAGUUUUUUGCUUGCAGUUUUGUGUCAUCACAGAUGAAAAGCCCAAUUUCCAUCUCCGUGUUGUCUCCUCAGAAAAACUUUCCUCCCUUUUUCUGAAUAUAUAUAGAGCUAGAAGGCUGUAUCAUAACAUCUUU